GGGUAAAUGAUUCACAGUUUCUAAGAUAUGGGUUGGUGAGUUGAAGUACGCUUGACAUGAUGGAAGGUCAUCACAAAGUUCCUUUGUUUUGGACAUGUUUCACAUUUACAACAUUUGGUUUCACAUGUGGUUUUGUUUCAAUGGUUAUGCCUUACUGGUAUGCCAGAUAUCCUCAGUCUCAAAAUCGCUUCGUAAGAUUGGGGCUAUGGGAGGUGUGUUUCGAAGGCUAUAUGGCGAAGAAAACUGGAAACCAUAUGUAUUUUGGAUGUUUCUAUUUAUUUGACACGAAAAUUUUGACUCUGUGGCCGAUUAUAUUCAGAGGUAUGAAACUGGUGUAUAAUUAAAUUUGCCACUUUAAAGAUUGGUUUAUUGCUUGUCAAGCAUUUUUUACAUGCAGUUUUGCAACCCAUGUAUUGGCAGAAUGUGUUAUUCUGACUCAAGUUCUCGGCUUGGUUUCGAUUUUCGGGUCACGUGCAGUUUUGUGUAUAAUGGUGACUCUAUCAGUUAACUGUUUUUCAACUUUAAUUAGUUUGAUCACAAUGGGUGUAGGAGUAGACACUGAACAGAAAAUUGAAAAGGCUGCUAAACAUCCUUGGUUAGAAGAUCUUGAUCAUAACUCAUUAUCUUGGUCAUAUGGUAUAGCUGCAAUAUCCCUAUUACCAAGCUGCAUUACAGUUAUAAUUUUAGGAUGGUUUGUUUACCCUAAAAAAUCUCCAUGUGGGCUAUUAAUUAAUUCAGCAUGGAAUUGGCCAACAUUGAAUGAUUUGCAAUGUCGUUAUCAUAUGCAUGAUAUUCAUGUUCCAAAAAUCUGUUCAUCUUCAAAUCCUCAAUCAUCAUGUCAUAAUAUCACUACUAUGUCUACUGAUUAUCCGCAUUCAUUACGCUCUCGUACAGUGAUUCAAUCCAGUCAGAUUAAUGGUGACCAGUUGUCCAAUGAAUUGAAUAAUAAAAUACUUUGUAAAUCAACAUUAUUUCACAAGUCGGGUGCUCAGAUAGAAACGUUAUCAGUGAUAACGGCACAAGACCAAAAUUCUAUAUUGUCUGAUAAUUGUGGCAAAUUGAGUAGUUAUGAUCCACGUUCAGCGGACACAGUAUCACUUUCAUCCUACGAACAACCUCCAUUGAAUUUGUUAUAUAAUCCUCAAACUAUAAACAUGAAUCACCAGUUCAAUCCAAUAAUGUAUUCAAAAGAGAAUAAUUUUGUAAAAAAUGACUAUUGUUCUUCUAUUGACUGCAAAACAAAAUUAAUUCAAUCUAAUUUAUUGUGUACAUUUCAUAAAUUCUCUGCGCCUUUUUUGAAAGAAUCUACAAGUAUACGACAACAACCACAAUGUAUUACAAAUUCUGAUUCUCAUUCACAUUUAAAAUCGAUUCAUUCAAAUAAAUCAUCGACUCUACAACAACCUUCAUCUAGUAAUCCAGAUACUUCAAUAUGGACAGAAAAUUCCAUUAUUCAAACUGCUCGUCCAAUGAAAAGAACUAAGCAAAAAAUGAAAACAGAUCAGUUAAUGAAGAAGCUUAUCCCAUCUGAAAAUUUAUUUAAAUUUUCAUCAUCAUUUCCCAACACUAAAAUUCAAAGUCAACCAAAUACAUUUGUUCAAAAAGCUAAACCAAUGAAUCGAAAGUAAUAAUGAAAAAGGUAAACAAACGAAGAAAGAAAACAACAACAACAACAACCUAUCAUCACAGUAUUGCAUUUAUUAUGAGUAUUUUUUUCUUCUCUAAAAUUGUGCUCGAACCACAAAAAAUUCCAUUUUUUGAAUCUGUCUCUCGAUAUACCUAGUCAAGGUCUUAUUUGCUUUCUCUUUUAACCGCACCAAACAGUAUAAUAGUAACAAAAGAAAGAAAAACAAACAAGCCUGUUUUGUAAAGUGCAUUCUAUUCAAAAUCACUUUUUUCUAAUACAAUCUUCCCCUUCAAAUUAUAUUCCCCCCUUCCUUUUUUUCUCUCUCUAACAAACGUUUGAAGUAUCUAAUUGUAAAUUGUGCUUUGUUACUUACAUGAAUUUUUGUCUCAAGAAAAUUAAUUCCAAGGUGUUCAUUUAACUUCUUUUUUAGUUUUUUUAUGUGUAAACUAUUUUUUUUCAUCAGCCCCCCCGCGCUAUUUUUUAUUUGUUUUGGGAUUUUUUACAUUACCGCUGAUAUUAAAUAUGUUUAGCAUUAUCUAUAAAUAAAAUGAAAUAAUGCAUACCGAUAACUCAGGACUUCAAAAUAUACAACAAAUCAAAAAUUUAUUCCAGUUUUGAUUUAAGAUAGAUAUUAUCAAUCAGGAUUCGGUAGCUGAAUGGAUAAUGCGAUGGCAUUUGAAAUCAAUGGAACUGGAUUCGAGUCCCAGAGUGAUCAUCAGCUCUGAGAUACAGGUACAUCCAGCUGACGAGUCCCAAACAGGACGAAACGCGCGACCUGGAUUCCACUGCUAGCCACUAUCCAUCUUUGCUUAUAAAAGCUUGUGAAUUAAGACAAUAUCGAGGCACACGCACAGUAUGCACAUAUGCCAAUA